AUGGAAAAACUUAGAUCUAAGGGAAUGACUGCCCGUCAAUAUCUAUUGUUAACCUUCAUUAUUACAUUUCUUGUUUUGGUUUCAACCUAUCUAUAUUGCCCUGAUUACAACAUCAAGAAUUCAUUUUUAUCGAAAACCAAUAAACCAUACUUAUCUAUAAAGACAUUAGACUUGAAUGAUACCCAAAUCGACGAUCUCAAACGUUUGGGGUUAACUCCGAAGAAAUCGGUCGAGAUAGUGAAACCAGAUAACAGUAAGCAGACUAUUCAUGGAAGAUUCUUACACAUUACUGAUUUCCAUAUUGAUCAUCAUUACCAGAAAGGUAGUGAUAUUGGCAAAGUUUGUCAUGGUGGUAAAGGAAAAGCUAGUAAAUAUGGGGAUGCCAUUUUGGGUUGUGAUUCACCUCCUAUUCUUGUUGAAGAAACAUUUAAAUGGAUCACUGAAAACCUUAUUGACAAGAUAGAUUUUAUUGUGUACACUGGUGAUUCAGCUAGACAUGAUAAUGAUAGAGAUUAUCCUAGAACUAGACGACACAUUUUCGAUAUGAAUAAAGAAAUAAGUGAUAAAUUUGUCACGUUGACUUCAGAAUCUGAUGGCCAGCCUCUUAUUUACCCAGUGUCCAAUAAUGACAUAAUGCCUCAUAAUCUUAUGGAUAUAGGUCCUUCUUUACAAACUAGAGAAUUAUUCGAAGCUUGGAGACCAUUCAUUCCUCAAGUUCAAAUGCAUACUUAUUUGAUGGGAGCAUACUAUUUCCAAGAAGUGAUUCCUAACCAAUUAGCAGUUUUAUCACUCAACACAAUGUAUUGGUUUGACUCUAACCCUAUGGUUGAUGAUUGUGAUAAUAGGAAAGAUCCAGGAUAUAAACUAUUUGAGUGGUUAGGGUAUGUUUUAAAAGAAAUGAGGGCCCGUAAUAUGAAAGUAUGGCUUUGUGGUCAUGUACCACCCAAUGAAAAGAAUUAUGACACCACUUGUCUUCGUAAAUACAUUGCUUGGACCCACGAAUAUAGAGAUGUCAUAGUAGGAGGUUUAUAUGGUCAUAUGAAUUUAGAUCAUUUUAUCCCGUUGGAUUCAGUACAAGCUUAUAAAUCAAUUAGAAAAGAUUUUAAAGAUGAGUUUGAACAGAAAACUAUAUUUAAUGUGGAUGACGAAGAGGAACAUGCAUUAGAAGAUUCUAACUUAUACAAGGCCUUGGAUGAAAAUUUUAGUGACAAAUUUUUUAGAGUUACUGGUGGGGUCCCGAAUAAUAAAGUGAGAUAUUUGGAAACACUUAGACGAGAAUUGUAUGCACCAUUAAAGGGGAAGAAGAAGUCCGGGAAUCAUUUUGAAAGAUAUUCCAUAGCUCAUGUUACUGCGUCAAUCAUUCCUACUUUCAACCCAGGUAUGCGAGUGUGGGAAUAUAACAUUACUGAUUUGGAGAAUAAGUUAGAGCAAGUUCAAUUUGAACCGUGGGAUAAGUUUUUCGCUGGUGUUGAACGAAUGAUUGAAGUACAAUCCAAUUACGAUGAACAAGACGAAGAUCCCGUGAAUUAUUGGGGAGAAAUAGAUGAUAUAACUAUUGAAAAAAAGAGGAAGAAACACAAGAAAAAGAAUAAGAAAAAGAAGAAAGAUCAUACAUUCCCUAAACCUAUGCCAGAAAAUUUAUCCCUCGGUCCUGCUUAUAUCGAGCAAACAUUUACCCCUGAGAGAUAUGUACAAUACUAUGCCGACUUAGAAAACAUCAAUAAGGGGGACAAAAAAUUUGGUUACGAAAUCGAAUAUAGCACUGAUGAUUCCUUAUAUGGAUUAAAGGCAUUGACAGUUAAAGAAUGGAUAAAGUUUGGUAGAACAUUAGGAGAACCAGUAAAAAAUAUUGAAAAUAAAACCAAAAAGAAGAAAGGGAAGGGGAAGAAAAAGAAUAGUAAAAAAUAUAAAAAAUUACAACAAAUUUGGAACAAUUAUUUGAAACAUGCAUUUAUUAGUUCAGAUUAUGAACGUAAAGGAUACGGUUAA